AUGCAUCUUUUAAGUAGUACAGUUGAAGAAGAGGUGUACCAAGUCCUCAAUACUAUCAACUCUUUGAAAUCAAACCCAAUACUGAAUGGUCAUCCACCUCCAGUCAGCAAAAUUGAAGCAUCGCUACCCAGCAAAACAAGAACCAUCCUGUCACAGCUCUGCUGUGGUACUCUACCUACCUCAACAGUUACCUUAGUUCUAUAUAAUUAUGCCAUUCCCGACCAAUGCAACCUCUGUCUUUCACCUCACCACACUACCCAACACCUUUUCAACAACAGCUACAAUAUGACAGAAAGACAAGUAUAUGAAAAGAAGCUAGCUAAAAGCGUACUUGAUGAUUCAUCAUUAGUUUACUACUGCAGAGUAUUUCAAACGUUAGAUGAAGUAUGUGACAAUAAUGAAGAAAAAAAUACUUUGAUAAGUAAUGCACUGGACCAGUUGAAAGAAAAUGCACUUCUUGUGUCCCAAAACAAUAUUGGUAGCAAGCUAAUUGAAAAAUUGCUCACACAUGCAAAUAUAGAUCAAUUUGUUGGAAUUGCUCGAUGCAUGUCCAACAACUGGGAAUGCCACAAAAACCAUUUAAAGCUCAGUGCCAUAGGAUACACAUACACAUUAUGUAUGCAAGCGCAAGCACCGCAUCACUACGGGUUAGGUCGAUAUAAUGGCAAGUUUAAAUUAUUGAAAAGUAGGACAGUAACUAAUGACAGGCAUUGGGCAGUCUGUGGUAUAAAAUUAAUGAAUGAGCUGCCUUUAGAUGAAGUGAAUAUAACAAAUAUAAGCCCGGAGCCGGAAAUUUUUAAAUCAAGAGGUCGGAGUCCGAUAAAUUUUCAUCCGACUCCGACACCCAAGAGAAUUCACACACAAGAAGAAAAAGAUUAUGCAUAUGAACUAAGUCACGCAUCAGGAGUAUUUGGCAUUAGUGCAAAACUACUGCAAGUCAUUAGAUUAGCUGUGGUUCUGUGGUUAUACAAGCAAAUCAUUAUCUUCUGCAUAGUUCAACUUGUGUCAAUUAAGGUGCCGAGUAUUCUUUGGGGUCUUAAAUUUAUUCGGUGCAAAAAUCUGACGCCACUCCUAAACCACCAAGAACAUUAUUUUCGCAACUUCACACAGCUCGGAUGUCCGAGUAAAGGAAUUUAA